AUAGGUUUAUGUCAAAUCCCCAUAAGCGAAUCCAACCUUACCCACUCAUGAAUUCCGUGGUCGUGGCCGAAGUCGUAGGCAAAGUCGUCGAUUUGCUGCUAUCGAGUUGACGUUGCUGAAACAUAUCUUUUAACCAAUACAUCGGCCGGCGUGAGCGAGUCUUCGUGUCUCCUCCGAAUCAUCGUCAGUCAUCAUCAUCGUCCCUCUCUAUCUCUGUCUCGCGUUUCUUUGGUUGAUCUUUUAGGAGAUGGCGGAGCCGGCGAAGCUCACGCUGUAUUCCUACUGGCGGAGCUCGUGCUCGCAGCGGGUCCGCAUCGCCCUUAAUAUCAAAGGGUUGGAGUACGAGUACAAGGCUGUGAAUCUUUUGAAGGGCGAUCAUUUCGAUCCAGAAUUUGAGAAGCUCAACCCGAUGAAGUAUGUUCCGGCGCUUGUAGACGGGGACACGGUAAUUGGUGACUCGUUUGCAAUCAUAUUGUAUUUGGAAGACAAGUACCCUCAGCAUCCCCUGCUCCCUCAAGACCCAAAAAAGAAAGCACUCAAUCUCCAGGCAGCAAGUAUAGUCGGCUCGAGUAUUCAACCUCUUCAGAAUCUUCCUGUACUGCAAUUUAUUGAGAACAAAUUUAACGCUGAUGAGAAACUUACAUGGGCACAAAAUCAUAUUAAUAAAGGAUUUGCAGCACUUGAGAAACUCUUAAAGGAGCAUGCUGGCAAAUAUGCUACCGGGGAUGAGGUCCAGCUGGCAGACGUGUUUCUGGCACCCCAGAUCUAUGCAGGAUUAGUGCGCUUCCAAAUUGACAUGUCUCUUUACCCUACACUAGCCAGAUUGAACGAUGCAUACAACGAACUGCCUGCCUUCCAAGCUGCCCUCCCUCAGCGGCAGCCCGAUGCGCCUUCUCCAUCCUAAGGAUCUCUCUGUUGCUGGAUUUACUUUGGAAGGAGAACAAGUAUGAAAAUAAAGCUACUUAUAAUGUUGCAUCCUCUGCUGUGUUUGAUACAUUACUGCAAGUGCUCCUGGUUGUGUAAUCUACUACGCCUGGAACAUUGGUAAGCUGAGUUUACUUGAGAAGGAACACACAAAGUAGUAUCAAAAUGUGAAGUUUACCUCUGAUUUAACCAAGUUUAGAUACAGCUAUAAAAUGCUUGAGUUCUAAGCAA